AUGUCUAGCGUUGUUGAUUACAAUCGUUUGCAGCUGCCUACCUUUUGCUUUUCCUCGUUGGCAACAUACAUUGGCGUGACGGCGGUGAGUAUUAAGACCGAAGAUUCCUUCGAGGCCGAAACUUCCGUCAAGACCGUAGCUUCCCGGAACAAGGCCUCUAUCAAGACGGAAGCGUUCAGCACGGAUCCUACCAACGACUCUGGCAAACCGUCGCCGGCGCCGUCCUCGUCGACGCCCACCACACCCAAGUCCGGCUUUGACGCACUUCAAUCAGCAGCGAGCGUUGGUAAUGGUGAUGCUGUAUCCGCUCCUGCCACUGCUCCCGCCGUUGCCGUUACCCCUGCGGCUCCCGCUGCUGCUGCUGCCCCUGCUGCUGCCCCUGCUCCAUCUGUGCCGAGCGGGACGCCGAAAUCUUCCUCAGCAGUUGCCGUAAAACAACAGGAGGAAGGAAAUGCUCGGGACUCGGCUAAGACCUUGUCGGAGCGAGGCAGCGCGGAGGGGGAGGGUGACUUGGACGACGCACUAUCGGGCGCACUGUGCGCACCCCGUAAUGUUGGCAAUCCUGCCCCGGGUGCUGCUGUUGCCUCUGACGAGCCAGCAGGGAACGCCUUUACGGAGGGAAUGGCUGGGAAGGAGGUUUCCAAGCCCAAGGUGGGCAUCACCGUCGGAAGGGUCGAAGUGGAGGCCGGACGAAAGCAAGAGGAUUGGGGGGGGCAGUCGGAAGGCAUGUUUCGGAAGCGCGUCAGCGAAGAGCUCAAGGCCAUGCUCCGGAGUUGCGGCGGCCGGUGCGAGAUGAGCUCCAUUGCCAAGCUCUUCAAGCGUCGCCACAAGCGGGUUUUGAACCUGCAGGGGAAGAAACUCCGCGCACUGUUGACAACAGGUAGUGGGCUAUAUGGCAUCGGCUUAUACGGCCAUGGGCAAGACGGAGAGAUCCGACUGGAAGAAAAAUCCGCGGUAAAGGACAGCAACUCGGACGCCGCGACGGGUCCUAACAGUGUGGGCGAUCGAGGGAGCACCCAACCACUUACCCGGACGUUCGUCAACCACAGUGCCCUAAGGAAUCAAGGCAGCCGUUCUCGCGGACGUAGCCCUUGGGGACGGGGCGGCACCUGCGAUGAACCAGACCAAGGUCCCCCUGGCGGGGCGGGACACAGCUCUCGAUCGGCAAUAGUUCGACCCACAUUGGACCCGCUCGGCAACAGCGUGGGAUCCAUGCGCUCUCGUCCUGACGCUGUCGGUGCACCUACACGUUCGAGAAUGGACGGAGAUGCAAGAGUAGGCCGGGGUGAGUGGAGCCGGAGUCGGAGCCCUCCCCCUCGCCGCCGCAGCCGUAGCCGUAGCCGCAGCUGGGACAAAGGGGUGUCGGGCGGACACCGGAAGGACGAGAGCCUUCGUCCGACUCACGGAGCGUCGCGCUCCUCCCCGAGUGUGCGUAAAUCAUCGCGGACGGCGGGUCGGCUCAGCCCUCACGAACGCCACAGUCCACAGCAGCGGCGUCGGGGGCGUAUCCCCUCCAGCAGGGAAUCGAGCCCGCGUGGUAGCCGCGGCGAAUGCAGAGGCACGAUCCCGCGACGUAGGAGUAGCUCGCGCCGGAACAGCGGGAAGUGGCAUAGAUCGCACAGCCGAAGCCCACGUAGAAGUCCCUGCAGGCGCGGUAGCCCAGCAAGGCGCCUCAGCCCAUCUAGGCGCACGACCUCGCCCAGGCGUAGCCCGCCUCGUCGCGUCGGCCGUCAUGAUUCUGCCAAGCCCGGCCCUACCAAUCGCUCUUGUGGUGAUCAUCUCAACGUAUCGUUUGAUCCUCGCGGAACGCACGGGAGCACUCGCCCGGCUGCUCGUCGCGAUCGUGACAUGCUCUCGCAUGCAGUUUCGUCCAGGAAGGCGACGAGAGAGCGUAGCUUGGAGAGACCUGAACCAGAUGGAAUGAGGCCUGGUGACGGAGGCCGCCAGGGAGGUUGCAUCGGGGCCUCACGCCGACGUGGAAGAAGUGCUUCUCUGGUGGGCUAUGUUACCGAACCUCUCCGUGGUACUCCGGAAGAAGCCAGGAAGGGCCAGGAGAACGGCCGUAGCGCUGUCGGCCGGGGGGCGGUGGGAGGACAGACGAUGGAUCCAGUGAUCCCUCUCGCCCUGGGCGGCACACGCGCUCCCCCGGUGGCGGGUGCAGCAAGGGGCAGGCCGGCGAUUGACCAUGUGAUUCCUCUUGCUCUAGGCGGAGCUCCCGUUCCUGCGCUAGCUUCGUCGUCUGGGACCCGCUGCUUGGUUGAGGGCACGGUGGGCAGUGGCGGUGGGUUCCCUUCCAAUUUCGACCUUCCUCGAAAGCUGAACGACGCAGGAGCAGGACCUACAGGUAGCGCAGGUGGGUACUCAGAGGGUAACGGCCGCCCAAUGGCGGGAGAUUGGCUCAUUGGAGACGGAGGCGGAGGCAGUCAGGAGGGUGUCGGACAACUUCGACGUUUUCCUCCCCACCCCGCUCCUGCGUUGCUGCCGCCGCAUUUCUCUCUGCGGCCUCUACCUCCGAUGCUUGUGCGUGCACAAGGCGCUCGACUCAUGAUCAAAGGGACGCACCCGGCUGUUCCUGAGCGGAGGAUACAUGCGCUGGUUUCUACAUUCGGCGUUGUUGGGAAGAUCGAAGUGUUGGAGGGUUUCGUGUUCGUUCACAUGAAGUCGCUGGAAGAGGCCACGCGCGCUGUGACUGGACUCAACGGCGAAGUAGUGCCCCACGUGAGUCCUCAAGCUACUGACCGCGCCGGAGCCGCCCCACUUCCCCUGGCGGCGGCGAUCUGGCGUGAGGAGCAAUAUCAAGCCCUCAUGUCCCGGGAAAACAUGCGCAUCUACGCGGACAGCAUGCGCAGGGCUUCGACGUGGUACGAAAAACAGACCAAGUCUGGCUUCAACGACACUCUCGGGAAGGCCAUGCCUUGCCGUUUCUUCAGUCUGGGCAGGGGCUGCAUUUUCGGGAAUAACUGCGGCUUCAGCCAUGAGCAGCGGCCGCGUCACCCGAGAGCGGCCGCAAGCACCCACGAGGGUGCUGGCGGGCCAGGCUUCGCCGCCCGGUUGCCUAAGCCCCCGUCGGUUAUCCCCAGCCGUGCGGUGGCACCCACGUUGUCCUCGAGGACUGGAGUAGAGCCAAACCCUUCCGGGCAAGGAAGGGUUUCAUUACUGGCCCACCAUGAGCAGUCUCCUACCCUGACGUUUGUUCACAGGGAUGAGAUGCACCGACGCUCCGGUCCCGGAGCCCAAGAAGACCUGAAGCCAGACCCUACCGGUGCGUACACGGCAAGCGGAGUCGGUGUCGCUAUGCCGUGGCAACCGGAACACGAGGUCGGCGUAAUCAGCGCGGUAGGGCAAGUCUUGCCGCAGCCAGGAGCAACCAGCGACAGAAACGUGGAUCGUCAGGAACAUGCUAGAGGCGGCACUUCCUCGCAGGCCUUUCCUAGUCCGCCGGCACUACGAAAUGGGGCUGGUCGGAUGCGUUCCCCAGCGACUCCCACUACCAAUUUAGACAACACCCGUCGGAGUGGGUACCAGUACGAAUCUCACAGCCAUCGGGCUAAUGGCCGAGGCGGCGGAGGCUGCCGCGAUAGUGGUGGGGGCGAUAGCAAAAGAGACCGCGGUGGCAGAAACAGCGGUGGCAGCAGCUCGUGGCGAGAGGAGCCGCUUGGGAGGAACAGCGACCGUGAACACAACGAUUCGAGGAGAUCGUCACCUGUCUCAUCCCGUGGACGCUCACGCCGGGAUGCAUCGCCGAUCUCGGCACAUGCGAGGAAAAGGGGGCGUGGAAGUAGCUCCCACCGGAGCAGUCCCCCCCGCGGCAGUGGUGGCUUUGAGAAUAACGAUGAAAGAGUAUCCAGGUCCAGUCGGAAAGCUGUCCAGCAGCCCGGAAGGGGACACAGUGGGAGCCCAAGGAGGGAGAGCCUUGAGAGUGUACCAGGCCGCGGCUCUCGCGGGCACCACCUCGAUAGACGUUCUAGGCAGUGCCGUGAUUCUCGAUCAACCAACCGCCCGCGCAGUCGUAGAGAUGACAGAAGUGACAGGUACGGGCGAAGCUCUGCUGGCGACGAGCGAUCUCAUUACCGGCGAGAUGACAAAGGUGACAGACACGGGCGAAGCUCUGCUUGCGACGAGCGACCUCAUUACCGCCGCCGGAGUCGCGAUUGUGCCAGCCCGGUUGGGAAAGCGCGUCGGUAUCGAGACGAUGUCAGCCCGGUGGUGAAAGGACGCCGGUAUGAAAGCGAAAGUGGAGACUCCAAACUCGAUGGGAGAAGAAGUAAGAAGAGCCGCAAUGAGCGAGAGACCAGCCGUGGAAGAGGGAGCGACCGGCGAAGGCGCGAGGACAGCGGAGGCGAACGCGGCAUGUUCUCUGGCAGGCGCGGCGGUGGCAGGCGGGGAAGCGACGAUGUCAGCCACGGCUGGUCGUCGCCUGCUGACAACCCUGGCGCUUUCUCUCGAGAUGACCACUCGCGAAGCUAUGGUGGCGCGCCUCGAGGUGACCUCUACAACGCCGGUAGCGGUGGCGUGCCUCGCCGAGAAGGAAGAUAUGUCGCUGACUGUUCAUCAAGUCCCAAUGGCUCAGCUGGGUGGGACAGCAUGGUGAAAGAAGAGUUCAUGGAAGACCCUCCCAGGCCCGUUAAGACUCAGUUCACAGUGACGGCGCGUCUGGGCUCCCUGCAGCAGCCGCCUCCCGUUUCUGCUCCCGCUGGUGCUGACAAUCCAUCGACCAGGUUUUCCAUCACGAUGCCUUCGAACAUCACUGGUGCUCUAGGGCCAACAUCGCCGUCCGGUGGGGUGCGACGGGGGGGCAGGCCUGCCAGAGGAAGAGGGCGGGGGGGUAGAGGUGACAUUCCACGUGAUGCGGCAAGGCGUCGGCCUCCUCGUGAUGUCCAGGAUGACGAAGGGUACACCCGCCAUUCGGCGUACCCUUAAUGGGUUAGAACCUUUUCGUCGUGGCUUCGAUCGAGAGCGCUCGACACGGUGUUCUGUGCCCCUACACGUGCCUUCGAGGCCUUGUCGCGAAAAUCGCGAAGGAGGCGGUCGGUCACGGGGCGGGUGGAGGACGCGGCCGGUCAUGAAGCAGACGUAGACGGCCGGGCAGGGGUGGACGCUGACCUGGCAUGAUUUGAAUAUUUGCAGCGACGGACACUUUUUUUUUGUUGUUUCCGGGGCAAGCAUGCUAACUUGAAGACCAAGGAUGGCUUUCUGAGGUAAGGAAAAUUGAGAAGCAGACAACAGCCGGGCGGAUCAGCGAGGUGCUCUUCGGGGGGAGGGUGGACAACUGUUGCAGGAGGAAAGGUCAUAUGGCCGGUCGGCGACUGUUUGUGCAGGAGGGAUGCGGAUACAAGGGGCCGACACGGCGGGCGGUACAUCGGAUGCGGUCGGUCGGAAGGAGGGAAGACUAGUAGGGUGCCGCGACCAACGAGCAUCAGUGUCCGGUACUUCGCUGACGACAACAGCCUAUGUUGACGCCGUUGACAUGGUUUCUCGCGGAGCAACGAGCACUGGUGUCCAGUACUUGGCUGACAUUAGCCUAUGUUGACGCCUUAACAUGGUUUCUUGUAGGGAAGGUCGAGGUCUUCACAGUCAGGCCAACCGCUUUUUUGUGCAAGGCUGGGAACCUGCUGCUACUCGACGCAUCUUGUGGAGGCGCGUCGCCCCAGUUCGAAAGGAGGUUUCGCUUCUUUCAAUCCUUGACACCCUAGCAACCAGGCUCGUACAACGGGGUGGCUCAGAGUGGACGUUUCGGAGAGCGAGAGAAGAGAAGACGCGAGGGACGGCUGACCGAUGACAUAUUUUGCAACGAGCGGCUGCGGUGACCGUUGGGAGAAGCGGCACAAUGACAGGGAAGAGGGAGAUAGGUGAUGGCGAAAGGACCCAAGUCUCGAAGGGAUUGCCUUUCAGGCUAGCGGCUUCAGAAUAUGCCAGAUGUUCUUGUGGGUUAAUGGUGUUUGCCCUAGCCCGAGACCCCUUGCCGUUCUAUUAUCUGUUGGUGUUCCGGCUUGAGUUCUUGGCCGCGUGGCCUGUCCUUCAACGCUCUGAUCGCAGAGCAAGCCUGUCGACGGCUCGGGAGGGUAGACACGUUAGAUAUGUCAGAGGGUUGCCGGGUGCAUUCUGAGGCUGUUCUAGAUGUUGGGCAUUGCAGCGAGGCCUCUGCAGUUUUAUUCAGGCGUUGCGGCGUAACGGUAGUAGACUGCACACAACGGUUCCAAGACCUGAUCGCUCAGCUCUGGCCUUGGAGGGUUAUUCACGUCGAUUUGUUUCGAAUCGUUAUGGCAUGGAGUAUAAGAGUCAUGGGAGUUUGAAGACAUCGACUCGAUCGAGGUGUCGUCGUGGUCGCCCAAGUCAGCAUGCUGUAGCACCGUUGAGUGAGUGUGUGGCUCUUUAUCAAAGUGUGGUCAGGCUUGGAAUACCUCAACGGAAGGGCCUUAAAUACAAGAUGUCAUGUUCGCAUGUGUCAGCCUGUAUUACCUAGCCUUGCGUUUAUUCCAUGGCUCUGUCCCGUCUUACUUCAGGUACACCGUUGUGAUAUUCCAUAAUGAGAUUUCUCGAUGUAAGGUUCUUGUUGGUUUGCUGGCUGCAUUGUUAUUGAGCGGCUCCAUGUUGCGGGCGGGUAUUGCGGUUUAGCGUGGUUUUCGGGAACGAACUUGUAGUGAAGUUGUUCAAACGCAACCGUAUCUAGUUUGCAUCGAGAAUCCACUACAAGACCGCUGUCAGUCUGCUUGCAUAUUUUGUGCUCUUAUAUUUGCGAUCACUUUUUCGCGUGGCCUUGCUAAAGGCAUUCGUCGCGGGUGACUUGAGUGUGCGAGUGACUAAAAGUGUGUUUUGCAGUGUGAUGCGUGGUGUGAUGUUUCCCCAUUGAAACAGAUGUUGCACUUCAAGGCGUGGUGUAAUGUUUUCCCAAUGAAACAGACAUUGCGUAUCAAGUGUGACGUUGGUGAUCGCAUGCUUGAUGUCAGCAGUCUUGGUGUUGUAUAGUUUGACCUGCACUUGAACAACAUCGCGCAGGGCAUCUUUGACGUUUUCGCUCCGCAAGCAAUGAUCACGGUAGGUGGUAGUGCGGUGAAGCGGCAAGAUCACGCGUUGAUUUUCAGGGAGAAUGCGGGUCGGCUGUCAACUUGGCCUCUCGAGGAGCGAGGAGUGUGUGUAAUGAUGGGUAGACUUCGGAAGAGAGUGAGUCUAUCUGCCAUGGCCAUGUUGAAAGCAAGGGUAGAGAGCCUUGCCAACAAUUGUGUGGAUUUAUGUAGUGUUGCUUUAUCUGGAGACUCGUCUUGCUGUGUACACUCCCAUUUAGCUGUGUUUUUAUCGGGAUAUGCGCCUGCUCUCUGGUUUGUUCGCAUGUGUGGUGCUGACGCGGUAGUAGUAUAUAUAUAUUGACAUCGUUGUGCCAGGACGCACGCAUGCAUGCACAACGGACUGCUUGCCGCCAGUAAAGGCCAACCAUUCUUUGGCACUUUCUCGAUCGUCAAGUUUACUUCGAUGGAGACAACUAAUCACACAGUGGUAGACAUGUUGUGUGACGUCCAUUCUAAGACUGGCGAAAUGUGCUUUCUAUGCAUGGGACUACCCACAACCUGGUGUCCCGCCGUUGCUGCUACAUCCACUUUUGUUUUGUUUUGUUCAUGUGUUGAAUUUGAUCAAGCAUGACAGAAUGAUGGCUGAACGUGACUGACGGCACGGGAACAAGACGCGCGUCGUGUUAUUGGUCGAGUCAGGUUGUCAGCUUUUCAGUCAUUAUGACACUCCUGAGAGGCACACAUGCUCAGGGAACGCGGUAGAGUGGGAGGGAAUAUACUGGGUUGGCAUUCCGCAGGCUUGCACCAAACGAAGUGCGUUCGGAGUUGGAAACUCCGUAACUUCGGCGUCAAUGGCUUUUGCUGCUGCCGCUGCUGCAGGCCGUGAAUGCUACUGUGCUCACGAGGUUGCUUUUGAGCUUUGUCGAACGAUGUAAAACUAUUGUCAUGCUCGCAUGUAUCAAGCGUUAAGGAUUUUCACGAGUAAGCAACUUUGGGAGACUCCUUGAAUUUCGGCCUACCCGGUACCUUUUGCUUGCAGUGUCCGUACUGAUUCUAUGUACAAAAAAGCUUUGGUGCAACGAGUGACUGCUUUUCGUUCGUUUUCAGUUGGCGCCCGCAGUUAAGAAAUAUUUCGUUAAGAAAUUGAGGCUCACUUUUUCACGAAGAAAAAGAAAAUAGGGUUAAGAAACGUAGCUCAAUCUGGGUCACACAAUAAGAAAUCUCUCAAUAAGAAACACAGCGGCGACCGCUCAAUCAGUCGAUAGUGAAGCGUGGGGUUCUCGUGAAACUCGGGUUGGGUUAAUUAGUCGCAGAUCUCACCCCGCUUCGCGGCAGGAGUACGACUACCGCGUCAUCCUGCACCGUAACGAAAGCACGCGUAGCAUGAAGAUGCCGUUGGAGUCAUACAGCACGGACGAAGACGCCGCAAUUGGGGCGUGGUUUCUCCUGGAGGUAGACCCAAAGGAAGGGAGCGGGAGGCGCAAAAGGGCGACAACCCCCAAUGUUCGCCUCACGGAGCUUGCAACAUGAUGACGGGAUAGUGUUGUUGGCACUUCAGCGUGCGGGUGAGGCAUCAUGCGGUGUUUAUGCAUUUGUUUAGUUUCAGCCCUCACUCAUGAGGGGGGUACAGGACCCUGUAGCGAUAGCGAGACGCUGCCGCUGGAUACUUUUCGCUUCUAGGGAGUGGCCAUACGUGCAGCCGUCGGUAGUGAGAAUCGGGGUUGAGUACGGGGGUCGAGGAAAGCAGUGCAAAUCGUUUGUUAUUUGGAACGUUGUGUAGUAUGCAAGCAGGGAAAUAAGAAAUUGUCGAUUCAGAAAUUCAGGAGGAUUUGGCUGCACGAAAAAAUUAGGAUCUUGAAAUACGAAACUGAACGACAUACGCUGAGUUUAUGGCCCACAAUAAGAAUUCGAGGCUAGACCUGAAAUAAGCGUUUCUUAAUUGCGGGCGCCAACUGUAGCCUAAAGACGUGGAGAACCCUUCUUGUGUACGAAGUAGGAGUACGCUGGACUUUUUAUUUUUUCCAAUCAUUUGCUCUGGUGUUUUUCCGUAGUGGCGGUCAUUUUGUUGACAUGUUGACGGGUAGGGUUAGCUGUACUGGUUCUUAAUUGUGUGCCGUUUUGGUCGGAGGUUAAACCUGCAAACACCCAAGAUGCCCUGUUCAGCUGAAAAUGGUUGGACCAGAAUAUGCACGGAUGAGCAGAGACCGGCAUAUUAUUUUUAUGAAGUGGAAUGCUAUGUGAUUUUGGAUGACACCGGCAACAUCAACGAACAGAUGUUCAUCUGUAACUCAGCGUCCAUGUACUACGGAACACGAUUUCCGGGAAUAGGCAGUCACGUCAGAUUUUGGAUGCUUUAAGUGUGCUGUGUCG